GUAGGAAAGAAGUGCUCAAUUUGCUUUGCUAAGUGAGUUAUUGAGCGCUAAAGUUGACAAUUAUUCAAUUAAGUCAAAAAAACUUUGUCCACCAAAUUUAUAUGUGAAUAUGUGCUGUAUUAGAUCGAUACUUUUUCCUGUUAAAUUCUUUCAUUUUACGCACAACUGCGUCAAUAUUUGGUGGAUUUGAUCGAAGUUUUUUGUUUUCUCUCGCUGACGUAUCGAAAUGCCGACUGUUAUUGCAUUAGACGUGUCUUUGUCAAUGAGAAGACCCGUAUUAACAAAUGGAGCGAACGAUAAUUUACAGAAUGAACCACUGACACGGCGUCAUUUAGCGGUCCACGGUAUAAACGCUCUAUUACAAUAUUUACAAGUUAAUUCGAAGCUGGAAUUUGUUUCAUUGAUUAUAUUUUCAUCAUUGUACGAAGUGGUUUGUCCUUUUACUCGCGAUUAUGACAGCAUACGUGCAAAAUUACAAAAUAUCGAGGAAUGGGACAAGACAUGCAUCCAAAGUGCAUUACGUGGUGUUAAUAAUAUAAUUAUGGCAGAAUGGAGUAACACUACUGCUUGUCAAGUGAUACUAAUUACAGAUGGCAAUCCUGGAGUAGGGCCAAUGUCCUUAGGUCAUUCUUUAAGUUCUUUGAAUAUCACACAAGAUGCAAAUACUUUUCCACUUCCAUUUCCAUUUCCAGCAAAAUUGAGUAUAGUCUGUAUUGGAUCACAACAAGAUCCCAGUUUGCAAAUUGGCCUACCUCUUUAUCAACGUUUGGUUGAUCUAGCUGGCAAUGACAGUGUUGUAUUGGUUCCAGAGUCGCCACUUAAUAAAUAUUCUGUAGCAGCUUGCUUCCAGAAGCUAGCUGAAACAAAUUAUGUUUCCUUUCAAGGAUAUCUAAAGUGUGGCAAUUUAGGUUCCCGUAUUUUAUUAUCACCAGCUCCUAUGCCUUAUACAAAAAAGACUGAUUUUGAAUUAGAGCCAGGUUUGGUAAUAUCAAAGAAUAUUGAGAUAUGCGGAUUCAUACAAGUGAGAGAUGUUGGUAGUCCAAGUUCUAUCUCUAGACACUUGGUAUUACCAUUGGUUACAGAAAAAACUUCGAGCGUUCAGGGCAUAUCUCUAGAAGAAGAUUCGGACACUGACGAGAACGGAGAUGAGGGAAAAAUACCAUCCUUUUGUGUGCUGCUUCACGGAGCAUUAAAAGUAGAAAAUAUGGCAGCCCUUUGUUUGUUAAACAAUGAUUGGUACGGAUUUAUAUAUUCAUGGGCAGAUACCAAGAAGAAAUCUAACUUAAUGUUAACGGUACUCGAACCAGGAUCUGAUGUGGUACCGUGGUUAGGCGACUUUAACAAUCUCGGUCCAAUGGAUUCCAGCAAUGAUUUAGUAGUCGAUUUUCCAGUCAGGCCAACCGAAAAGAGAAGUUACACGCAAAAUGCUCCUUCGUGGAUUCGACAAGUUGGCUUGCAAUCGGAUAUUCAAAAAAUACUGAGACACGCGAGAAAAUUACCGGAGAAAACGCAAAACUUUUACAAGGAGGUGAACAGGUUACGACGCGCAGCGGUGUCAAUAGGAUUUGUGGAAUUAUUGGAAGGAUUAGCGUGUAUCUUGGAGCGAGAAUGUACAUUGUUGCCACCGAAUCUAAAUCCCGAUUGUACAAUUCAGAUGGGACACGUGGCACGAUUGCUCAGAAAACCAGAAUCCAUGGAAAUCAGAUACAAUAUUCCACCCGCGCGAACAAAGUUUUAAACUUACAUCAUGAGUUGUA